AUGGCCUUUGGACCAACCAAGAACAAGAAAACCAAAGCCAUGAGGCAAGGAAGGAACAACCAAGCAGCUGGACCCUCCUCAGCUGACAGGGCUACUGCUACCAGCUCUGACGUGAAGCUUGACAAAGCCAAGUCUAAUGAGAAGAGACCACAGAAUAAGGGAUGCCCUCAAGAAAAACAGCCAGAAGGGAGAGGAAAAGCACCAAAGGGACCAGGACCAUAUUUUUAUAUCAGUGGAUCCAAUGGAGCUGAGCUCUUGAGCAUCUAUUGCCAGAGCAGGGGCUGGCAGCGUAUCUAUGACAACAGAAGAGAGGAUUAUGCACUGAAAUGGUGUGAAAUCAAGUGUCGAGAGAAUUAUUACCAUUUCAAAGAAGGUGAACAGCUUCUCUAUCAGAUUCCCAACAAUGGAGUCCUCACCACCAAGAUAGGGCUUUUAUGCUGCCUGAGAGAACAAGAGAGGGUGAUGAAAAAGAUGAGUAGGAGCAAUAAGUUACUGAAGAUGAAAGAAUUCUUCCCAGAAUCUUUUCGUCUGGACAUAAGAGAAGAGAGAAAAGCCUUUUUUGAGCUUUGCAAAGAGGAACAGAUUUGGAUCUGCAAACCCAGUGGCUCUAACCAAGGCCAAGGAAUUUUCCUGCUGAAAACUCCAGCUGCUCUCAACAACUUCCAAGCCAGGCUCCACAGAAGAGAGGAAAACCCUCCCAGCACGGUGCCCCACAAAGCUCCCCGGGCAAGAAUAGUGCAAAGGUAUAUUCAUCAGCCUCUGCUCCUGGAAGGGAAGAAGUUUGAUGUCAGGUCCUACCUGCUCAUUGCCUGCACUGCACCAUUUCUGUUGUUUUAUGCCCAGGGUUACCUUCGGUUAAGCUGUGUCAAUUAUGAUGCCACCUCUGAUGAUCUGACUGUUCAUCUCACCAACCAGUCCAUGCAGAAGAAGAACCCCCUGUACAGGCAGCUGAAAGAGGAGACAAUCUGGAGGAUGGAGCAUUUCAACAGCUACGUUAAUGAGAAGUUCAGAAAAACCAAUGGGCUCCCCAAAGACUGGGUUUUCACUGUGCUGACUAAAAGGAUGCAGCAGAUCAUGGUGCAGUGCUUCCUGGCAGCCAAGCACAAACUGGAUUGCAAACUGGGCUACUUUGACCUCAUUGGCUGUGACUUUUUAAUUGAUGAAAACUUUAAGGUCUGGCUUCUGGAGAUGAAUGCAAACCCAGCACUGCACACCAACUGCAGAGUCCUGAAAGACAUCAUCCCACCUGUAGUUUAUGAGAGCCUUGAUUUGGUUCUGGAGGUUUUCAACAAGCGUCUCAAGGGCCAGAAUGUUUUACCUUUAGAGACCCUUUCCCAUUUUGUGCUUCUCUAUCAUGAGGAUGCUGCAAACCCAGGCCAGAAAGAACCCUGGAAGCUCAGAAGUGGUCUCUGGACAGGUCGGUACCUGAGGCCACAUGAAGUCAGGAUCAGCCACUUCUGUCAGAGCUCUGCCAAAGUGCUGAAGAAUUCUUCCAAGAAGCUUCCUUGCUCUAGGAAAAAAAGGUUGUCCUCUUGCUCAGAAAGAACUGUUGCCAAAAAACGGCCCUAA